AAAAAAAAGAUAUUUUAAAUUCAAUUUAAGGAAAUUAAAUUUUGGUCACCAAUCCAAUGUUUUAAAUUUCACCGUGUGAUCAUUUUCGGCGUUUCGUUGCCGUCUUCCAAAACGCUAACGCUUUUUCCUUGAUAAUUUUCCAGUUACAUAAUUCCUGGGCUAAUCUAUAUAUUAGGCUUAUAUGCUAAAAGUCCAUGAGCCCAAAUUGAAUUCGAAUAUUAAAAAAUCUAUCAACGCUGUAAAAAUAUUUUCCUCACCAGCUACCAUGUUUGGACCCAGUAAAUGUUUUUCUACCGUCUCCCUCCCUAGCCUCUCCUUCAUGUAGCCAACAAGCUCUAUCAUCGUUUCCGAAGUAUGAAAAUCUUUUUCUUUAAUCUCAUGACAACAAAGCCAAAGAUCAGACAGAACAAAACAAAACCUUUAUUGUCGGAAGCUGACUCACCACCAUAUUAUUAUUAUUAACCAAUAACACAAACGUCUCUAGCGUCAAUUAUGUGCUAAAUUCACAAACCGCUAAUAACCAAUCAUAAUCUCGAUCUCUUCUCUUUCAUCCAACAUCUCCAACCAUAGACAAGGCUUCCUGCUUUACGAUCAUUCUGUGAAUCUUUUCUUGUUUCUCAUCGUUGGAAUCGAAAAUGGGUCGAAUCGGUAUAGUGGUUUCUGAUCUUGUGCUGUCCUUUAUGUGGACAUGGGCAGGAGUUCUUGUCAACAUCUUAGUUCACGGAGUACUCGGAUUCAGCCGGAAAGAUACCACCGGCGAGAUCGUCCGGUAUCUCUUCUCCGUCAUCUCCAUGUUCGUCUUCGCAUUCCUUCAGAAACUCAGCAAAGGUGGACUUUACAACCCUUUAACCGCUUUGGCUGCUGGUGUCACCGGUGGCUUCAGCAAUUUCAUCUUCACCGUCUUGGUUCGAAUCCCCGUUGAGGUGAUAGGAUCAAUCCUUGGGGUGAAACAUAUCAUUCAUGUUUUCCCUGAGAUUGGGAAAGGACCAAAACUAAACGUAGCAAUCCAUCACGGCGCUUUAACCGAGGGGAUACUAACAUUUUUUAUUGUCAUGCUCUCGCUGGGACUAGCAAGGAAGAUCCCUGGAAGUUUCUUCAUGAAGACUUGGAUUGGUAGUAUUGCUAAGUUAACUCUCCAUGUUCUUGGAGCUGAUCUAACCGGUGGAUGCAUGAAUCCAGCAGCGGUUAUGGGAUGGGCCUAUGCACGAGGUGAACAUAUAACACAAGAGCAUCUACUUGUGUAUUGGCUAGGACCUAUCAAGGCUACGUUGCUGGCUGUUUGGUUCUUCAAUGUUGUGUUUAAGCCUCUCACCGAAGAAGAAGAGAAACCUAAGGCUAAAACUGAAUUUCAUAAUGUGUUUUUGUAUGUAGCAAACUCAACUGUAACAAUCAGUUCAAUAAAAUCUGAAUUUUGGCUAAUACAAUGUGCAAUGUGAUUGAUAGAGAGCAGUAAAAGUAUUUUGGUUCAUAAAAUUCCAAGAAAUCAAGAACCAGCCUCAAAAACUUAAUAGACAAGAUUAGGCUCAAACUCAGCAAAGUCAACAGAUCCAGACUCAACAGGAGGCAUGAGAUAGGCAGCCAAGAUCUCAGAUACUAAACCAGCAAUGAGAGGAAUCCUCUUGAGGUUCUUGACAAAGGAAGGAUCGUCUGUUUGUCCUACAGCCAUCAGCUUCUCAUUGAUCACAACCAUUCUAUCUAGCUUCCUCUUGAACUCAGGGUUCUCAACAUC